AUAAACCUCACACUCUUGCUAAAUACCUUUAUUUUCACCUUUCCAAGGAGAAGAGUCGAAAGAAUGACACAGUUUGAAUUCGACACGGUCACCGAAUCACGUCACUUAGGCGAUUCACCAGCAGCUUCAAUAUAUGCUGGCUAUCUUCAUCGUCGCUGGGCUGCUUCAGGGAUCACACUGGGUGGUUAUAUGGCGUCUGUCAUGAUGAAGGUUGCUAUGCAACGCUAUCCUGAUCGGCAUCCUAUUUCGAUGAACACGUUUUUCGUAAACCCGGGAACAACAGGACCAUUUGUCGUCGAGGUGGAGACUAUCAAGGCGAGCAGCAAAGGCAUGUGCUCCUUUGUAAUCAAGCUGAAACAACUUAAAACUGUUGACAGCAACACGAAGCCAUUGGACACGUUGGAAGCUUAUGAUCCACAGGAUUAUGUUAUCAAAAACUUUGCUGUGAUCAGUUUAAGUGGAGCAAGACCAGAACAAGGCAUUUCACAGCUUCUUGAUCCAGAGCAUAUAUACAAGCCUGCUUCUUCCAUUGAGGAUAUGACGAUACUGGCGCCGGCUUGUGAGGGAGAUGUGACGCUCCGCAUGUACCAGGAUAUGAAUAAAAACGAUGGAAGACUUCACUAUGCGUUUGAGUUUGCUGACGGACGACCUGUCGAUAACUUGGCCAUUGUGUACUUCUUCGAUAUGUACAUGGAUCCGUUCGGCUCCCUCAAUAUGAAGAAUAGUCCAGAAAUACGAGACAGCUGGAAACCGACACUGCAGUACGAGAUCCAAUUCAAGAAGCCAAUCAAAACUCCAUUGCGGCGGGCAUACUUGUCUUAUUUUGUUCCCAACCUUAUAAAUGGUCGAUGGGAUAUGGAUGGCUGUCUCUAUGGUGAAGACGGAGAGUUGUUCGCAACCACUAGACAUCAACUUCGUAUAAUUCCACGCAAGAAGAAGCAAGAGACAGCAACCGAAAGCAAGCUAUAGAAAAUAGAGUAGUCGUUUUGAAAAUAGUGGAGCAAAGAAAUAGACAUACUUUUCAAUUUAUCAGUGAAAAGUGUAAGGCCAUUAACAACACACCUUCACCUACUACUCCAUCGUGGAGCUUAUCGCGGAAGGGAUGUAUUUUUUAAU